AUGGGUUGGCAUUACCGGCUCGGGGUUCUACCUAUACAACCAUGGCUGUUAGCCCAGCAUUGGCUGUAUAACUGGUUACUUUUUAGCAAGAACUAUAUAGCCGCCUUUCACGUCGGGAACACAUAUCAUAGCCUCCGGUAUAAAGAUCCAUCGGACAUUUUAAAGCAAAAGAGACCACUUUGUCCGCUUUUUCAAGACUGGAACACCAGGUGGCUGUACCAUAGCUUGCUGUUAGGGAUCUGGGUCGCCACAAAAGGCUUGCUCGAAAGAAAGGAACAAGCCGCUUGUUUGUACCAUGCACACAUAGGUACUGUACAACAACCGCAGUUUAAAGUUUAUCCCAAGGUUGUGGGGGAAAAUAAAAUAUUGCACGAGAUUUGUGACACCAUUGGCUCUGUCAAAGUACGGAGUAAGGUAUUUUCUCUGAAAAUGUCCUGCAGGGUUUGGUGA